AUGAAAUUAAAGAGAUUAAUAAACAACACAUCUCAUAAUUCACCAUCAAAUUACAUGGAAUCAAAUCCUAAUUACCAAACUUACCAACAACCAAAUUACUCUCUUCCUUUAGGUACACCACAAUACCAACCUCCUAUUUAUGAUCAAAAUCAAAGCCAUAUACCACAACAAAUGCCACCAUUUAACCCACAAAUGUACCCAUACCCACCAAUGCCUCUAAGUGUACCAACAACACAACAAACAGUUACAAUGAUGCCAGAGCAAUACCAACAACAAGUACCACAAAUGUAUCCACCAAUGCCUGAUAUAUGUGGAAUGGACUAUUCUCAACAAAUGCAAUUUAUGCAACAACAACAGACAGCGCCACAACAAAUCCCCGUUCAAUACGUCAAAAAAGAAGAAGUGUCAGGUCAAGUCAAACCAAAUACACAAGGAAAAACACUUGAGAAAACUGUUAAAAUAGUCACUAAUGGUGGACAAAAGUGUGGAAAAGUCACCUUAGAAGUAAAAAAAGACGGCAAAGUGAAAAUAGAAGAUAAUAAGUAUGGCAAAAAAGAUAAGAAGAAAGACAAAAAGAAGGACUUCAAGAAAGAUAAGAAAAAAGAUAAACACAAAAAAUCUGACUCUUCCGAUUCUUCAGAGGAAUACUCGUCAUCAGACUCGGACUCUUCUUCCAUUUCUUCUUCUUCGGAUUUGUCAUAUUCGUCAUCAAGUGACUAA